UAUCGAUACAUGCUUAACCACUAAUCUUCUCGACCAGUACUAUCUCACUGUACCACCAAAUAAAGACUCUUUUUAACAAUUUUAUCACAGUUACUUCAACAUGUAUAUGGAGAAUGCAAAAGUAGAGCUGGGCCUAAACCAUGGAUGACCGCAAGUUUCCCAAUGUAAAAGAGGUCUAUGGCACUUUGGCCAAAGAUUACGUAGAGUUCAGGCCUCGCUAUCCCUCUCACCUUUUCUCCUUUCUUUCUUCUCUCACUCCACAACAUGAGCUGGUCUGAGAUGUGGGCACAGGCAAUGGCCAAGCCGCCAUUGAGUUAUCAAAGUACUAUGCGAGAGUGGUGGGCACAGACACAAGUGGGGCAAAUACAGCACGCAGAGCAGCGCCCCAACAUAACCUACACCGUGACGGCGCCGUCAUUGACCGACCAACAACUCCACUCCAUCGUCGGCCCCGAAUCUUCCGUGGAUCUCGUCACCGCCGCCACGGCCGUCCACUGGUUCGAUUUGGAUAAAUUUUACGCGCAGGUGAAACAGGUGUUGAAGAAGCCCGGCGGCGUGAUUGCCGUGUGGGCGUAUUGGAAUCUCAGCGUCGAUCCAGCAGUGGACGCCGUUUACGAGCGGUUUUUUGGCAGAAUUUAUCCGUUAACCCAUCCGGCUGUUAAAGUAGUGGUGGAGGAGUAUGAGACUUUGCCGUUUCCGUUCGCACAAGUGCAGGCAAUAAAAAUGGAGAUUGAAGAGCAGAGGACGUUUGAUCAGUAUUUGGGAUAUUUCAGAACGUGGUCUGGCUUGGCGGGCAGGGAAGAAAUCUUGGACGAGUUUAGAGCAGAAUUUGAGGCGGCGUGGGGAGCGGAGUUCCAUGUGACCAAGAGUGUAAAGUUUCCACUCUACUUAAAGGUCGGUAAGGUUUGAAAUAAAGCAAAGAUUCUGUUAGUAGACGGUGAAUGAUCUACAGGUAGUCUGUGAGCUUUGUUUGUGCCGUUAAUUUUAAUAUGGAUUUGAAGUGUCUUAUUAAAUGUUAAUCCAUUUGGAUACUAUCGGGGAUUUAAUAUGACCGUGACAGUCACAUGGUUUUUGCUGAAAUCAUAAUAAAGGCUGGUACAAGUUUCUUAUCUAUUUUGACAGAUUGUGGCAGAAGGUUGGUAUAUAAUUUGGAGCUGUACGUAAGAGCCAUCCAUUAAAGAAUACGUGACAAAAAAACACUACCUAUGAUUUCCUUUUUAA